CAGUUACCUUUUCUCGCUUGAGCCGCUCGGGAAAUAUGGAUAUUGACAACCUUAUUACGGAGGUUUCUAUGACUCCCUGCAUUUGGGACGCGUCGCAUAAACAACACAGUGACCGAACAGUUACAGCACAGCAGUGGAAAAGGAUUGCAGAAAAACUGGGAGUUUCUGAUGAAGCAGCGAAGAAGAAAUUUAAGAAUCUCCGUGACCAGUUCAGACUCGAGCUGAAAAAGGUACCUUUGGAGAAAUCGGGGGACCAGGAGUUACAGAUGGAGGAGUAUCUCACCAUCUGGCCGUGGUUUAGAAAGAUGUACUUCCUAAAAGACCAGAUUCUGAGGCGAGCGAACACCGGCAACUCAAGCGGCGCUUCGGCAAAGAGAAAAUACGAAAUGGAUUACACAGAGGGCGAAAUAGCUAACCAGCCGUCUCCUUUGCAAGUCUUCGAUGGUAUUCAGAAUUACCUUUCGAAGGGACAAAGCGAGGACUCGGACUGUUCGAAGAAAAUGAAGGAAUCUAGUCUGCAAGGCAAUUUUCUCGAGAUGUUGAGGAAACAAGCGGAGGAGGAACGAGACGGUGACAGGAUGUUCCUGUUGAGUCUCCUGCCCGCGAUGAAAGCCCUCGAACCACAGCGAGCUUGCUUAUUUCGCAUAAAAGUGCAACAGUUACUGUACGAGGCGCAAUUUUCUCAGGAUUUUGGCCAGACGUUUUCAGAAUAAACUAUCGGGGAUUCUUAAUACCUUAUCGAUUUAUAAAUUUAUAUCUGAGAGUUUGAAUUAAAUUAUGUACUUUUCUACUUGUUCUUCAGGAAAGAAUCUCUUUCGAGAUUAAAUAAUACUUUCCACAAAGCACACGGUCUCUUGUUACGUAUUUUUUUUUCUCUUCAAAAUACCGUACUCUGCAGAAAAUCAUAUAGGUACUGAAAUUGUU